UAGCUAGUGAAUUCUUGAUCAUCGUUUCACAUUCAUUGAAGUGGUACAGCAAGAACCUUGUUUUCCCCUUCCUCUCAGAAAAUUCAUAUUUGGUCUUGAUACUCCAAUGAAUCCGUUCGAUUGCGGCCUUUUGGGUCUUCGGAAAUGUCAAGAUGGGUUCACAAUUUCAUGCACGUUACGAUUUUGGGGCGGAAAAUGGGAUCUUGAUCUAGGAUUGUAAAGAUUACAUCUUUGAUGUGGAUAGAGUGUUUCGUCUAGGGUUUUGGUUUUGAUCCCGCACGGGUGCAUGAGGCUUUGGUGUUGUUUUGGUGUCGUGGAAGAAGAAGAAGAAAAAGAAGAAGAAGCAAACAUCAAAGGUGAGUCAGGUGACAUGAAAGAGGGGUUAUUUUCUUCUGAGGCUGAAGGUACGUCUCAAGAAUUCUCGUUUGUGGCUAUGGCAAAUGACCGACCCGGGACUUCUCAAAUGGGAUUCUCAUUUGGGGAAAACGAGGAGGAGGAUUUGCUUUUGGGUCUGACAGUUGCAAGGGAUCGUGGAGGGAACGGGGUCGCUGGGGAUGGUUGUGCCCCGUGGGAGCUUGCGAUUGGAAGUUCUCGUUAUUAUCAGCGGUAUGCCUGCGCCAGGGGUCAGGGUGUCGGGGAGGUUGACGGGUUGGGUUGCGACGAAGAAACUUCAUUGGGCCUUGGAAGAGGGAAUCACGACCAUGAUUUCCAGUACAAACGUGCUAAAGUUCUUUCUGAUUCUCAGGAAUGCCAUUAUGCAACUGCAAUGUCACCAGGUGCUGAUACAUCCACUUCACCAGCUGAUGGGGAUCAAAAUAUAUCUCAGGGUUCUGUUCCUUCUGGAAAUGACAUGGUCUUUUAUCUUAGUUUAACACCAAAUGGUGGGGGUAAUGGAAAUCCUAUGGAUUCUAAUGGUGGAGGAGAUGAUGAUGGAGGUGGCAACAGUACUUCUAAAAUAGAAGACGUAGAAGUGAGGAUGGAUCUUACAGAUGACUUAUUGCAUAUGGUUCUCUCUUUCCUGGAUCACAUCAAUCUCUGUCGAGCUGCUAGAGUAUGCAGGCAGUGGCGUGCAGCUAGUGCUCAUGAGGACUUUUGGAGGUUUCUGAAUUUUGAAAAUCGUAACAUCUCUCCAAUACAGUUUGCUGACAUGUGUCGCCGGUAUCCAAAUGCCACUGAAGUGAAUCUCUCUGGUGCUCCUGAUAUUAACUCACUUGUUAUGAAAGCAAUAACAUCCUUAAAGUAUAUUGAGACUUUGAUAGUGGGGGAAGGGAAGCUAGAGGAUGGCUUUUUCCAUGCUCUAGGAGAUUGUUCUAUGUUGAAUAGUCUGAGUGUUAAUGGUGCAACUCUUGGCAAUGGUGUUCAAGAGAUAGCUGUAUUCCAUGAUAGAUUGCGCCAUCUUCAAAUUACGAAAUGUCGUGUGCUUCGCAUUUCUGUGAGGUGCCCCCAACUGGAAACCUUGUCCCUAAAGCGUACAAACAUGGCUCAUGCCUUACUUAAUUGCCCUCAAUUACAUGAAUUAGAUAUAGCCUCGUGCCACAAGCUCUCAGAUGCUGGAAUUCGUUCAGCAGCAACAUCCUGCCCUUUAUUGGCCUCAUUGGAUAUGUCAAAUUGUUCCUGUGUUAGUGAUGAAACACUGCGUGAAAUAGCACUUAUGUGUCCUAAUCUUCGUGUUCUGAAUGCAUCAUACUGCCCCAACAUAUCACUUGAGUCUGUAAGACUGCCUAUGUUAGCAGUUCUGAAGCUUUGUAGUUGUGAGGGAAUAACUUCUGCAUCAAUGGCUGCGAUUUCUCAUAGUUAUAUGCUAGAGGUUCUAGAGCUUGAUAAUUGCAGCUUAUUGACAUCAGUCUCAUUGGAUCUUCCUUGCUUGCAGAAUAUCAGACUAGUGCAUUGCCGCAAAUUUGUUGAUUUAAAUUUGCAGAGUCCUAUGCUUUCAUCUAUUACAGUUUCCAAUUGCCCUGCACUUCAUCGUAUCAACAUCACAUCAAGUUCACUUCAGAAACUAAUGUUGCAGAAGCAAGAAAGUUUGACCACUUUAGCAUUGCAGUGCCAGUCUUUGCAAGAACUGGACCUCACUGAAUGUGAAUCUUUGACAAAUUCUAUUUGCGAGGUUUUCAGCGACAGUGGUGGUUGCCCAAUGCUUAGAUCUUUGGUUCUUGACAACUGUGAGAGUCUGACAGCAGUAGAGUUCAACAGUUCCUCUUUAGUCAGUCUAUCCCUUGUUGGUUGCCGUGCUAUGACUACUUUGGAACUGAAAUGCCCUUAUCUUGAGCAAGUCUUUCUGGAUGGUUGUGAUCACCUUGAGAGAGCAUCAUUUUGUCCUGUUGGACUUCGGUCCCUCAAUCUCGGUAUAUGCCCCAAAUUGAAUGUACUUCGAAUUGAAGCUCCACAUAUGGUUGUUUUGGAGUUGAAGGGGUGUGGCGUUCUGUCUGAAGCAUCCAUCAACUGCCCUCGCUUAAUUUCUCUAGAUGCUUCAUUUUGCAGCCAACUUAAAGAUGAUUGCUUGUCUGCGACAACUGCUUCAUGCCCUUUCAUUGAGUCGUUGGUAUUGAUGUCAUGCCCAUCCAUUGGUCCAGAUGGCCUUUUUUCUUUGCGCCGGCUUUCUUAUUUAAUCUUGCUGGAUUUAUCAUACACUUUCCUGAUGAACUUACAGCCAGUUUUUGAGUCCUGUUUACAAUUGAAGGUAUUAAAAUUACAAGCAUGCAAGUAUCUGACCGACUCUUCUUUGGAGGCUCUUUAUAAGGAAGGUGCUCUCCCAGCCCUUCGUGAGCUAGACUUGUCUUAUGGAAGCCUUUGCCAGUCUGCAAUAGAGGAGCUUCUUGCUUGCUGUACACAUCUGACCCAUGUGAGCCUGAAUGGAUGUGUGAAUAUGCAUGACCUGAACUGGGGUUAUAGUGGUGGCCAACUUUUUGAGUUAUCUAGCUUUGAUGGCUCAUCUGCAAUCUGUUCUCUAGAGAUCAUCCAGGAGCAAAUUGAGCAGCCUGACCGUUUGCUGCAGAAUCUGAACUGCGUAGGGUGUUCAAACAUUAAGAAAGUUGUCAUUCCUCCAAGGGCCCGUUGUUUACAUCUGUUAUCAUUAAACCUAUCUUUGUCUGCAAAUCUGAAGGAAGUAGAUGUUGCUUGUUCCAAUUUAAGCUUUCUUAAUUUGAGCAAUUGUUACUCCUUGGAAAUUUUGAAGCUUGGAUGUCCAAAGUUGACUAGCCUCUUCCUUCAGUCAUGUAGCGUUUCUGAAGAAAUUCUGGAAGCUGCAAUAUCAAAUUGUAACAUGCUGGAAACUCUAGAUGUCCGCUUUUGUCCAAAGAUCUACUCUGUAAACAUGGGAAAGUUACGUGUGGUAUGUCCCAGUCUAAAACGCAUCUUCAGCAGCCUGUGUGCAUCAUAACGUGAACAACCAGUGGUCACAGGUGAAAUUAUUUGACAUUAUUAUUCAUGUCCAGUGCAGGUUUGUGGUCCUCGGCUCCUUGCUAGUGACAAUUAGCUUAGUCAUUCAUCAUGUUUGUCUGCUGUAAAUAACCAAUUCUCCCUUGUUCUGUAUGUUUGUGGCGACUGUGUUGGUUUGCGGAGACAGAUUUGCCCCAGCCACUUGUAGACAAUGAUAUAAAUCAUGUUUUAAUAUAAAUAUGGAUUUAUUGUCUAGUUCU